AGAGAGAGAGAGCGAGAGAGAGAGAGAGAGAGAGAGAUCCGGAAAAAUCAAUGCAGAAAUAAAGCAGCCGAGUCGCUGAAAUCUCAUUUUCUCCGGUGAAGCUCGAGCAAGACCCGGUGUGUCGCGAUGGGGAACCAGGGGAUGGAGGACCUGAUCCCGCUGGUCAACCGAAUGCAGGAUGCGUUCUCCGCCAUCGGACAGAACGCGAACCUGGACCUGCCGCAGAUCGCGGUGGUGGGCGGACAGAGCGCCGGGAAAAGCUCCGUGCUCGAGAACUUCGUGGGGAAGGAUUUUCUCCCGCGCGGCUCUGGCAUCGUCACACGCCGUCCUCUCGUCCUGCAGCUCAUCAACUGCCCCACAGAAUAUGCCGAGUUCCUCCACUGUAAGGGGAAGAAGUUCACAGACUUCGAUGAGGUGCGUCAGGAGAUCGAGGCGGAGACGGAUCGAGUCACAGGACAGAAUAAAGGCAUUUCUCCCGUGCCCAUCAACCUGCGCGUCUACUCCCCUAACGUGCUGAACCUGACUCUGGUGGAUCUGCCGGGGAUGACUAAAGUGCCGGUGGGAGAUCAGCCCGCAGACAUCGAGCAUCAGAUCAGAGACAUGCUGAUGCAGUUUGUGACCAAAGACAACUGUCUGCUGCUGGCCGUGUCGCCCGCCAACUCUGACCUGGCCAACUCUGACGCCCUGAAGAUCGCCAAAGAAGUCGACCCGCAGGGUCUGAGGACCAUCGGUGUGAUCACUAAACUGGAUCUGAUGGAUGAAGGGACCGACGCUCGGGAUAUCCUGGAAAACAAGCUGCUUCCGCUGCGAAGAGGUUACAUCGGUGUGGUGAACCGCAGUCAGAAAGACAUCGACGGGAGGAAGGAUAUUAAUGCUGCUAUGGCGGCGGAGAGGAAGUUUUUCCUGUCUCAUCCCGGUUACAGACACCUGGCCGACCGCAUGGGAACGCCGUUCCUGCAGAAAACACUCAACCAGCAACUGACCAAUCACAUCCGAGACACGCUCCCCGCGCUGCGCACCAAACUGCAGAGUCAGCUGCUGUCCAUCGAGAAGGAAGUGGAGGAAUACAAGAACUUCCGUCCUGACGAUCCGUCCCGGAAGACCAAAGCCCUGCUGCAGAUGGUGCAGCAGUUCUCGGUGGACUUCGAGAAGCGCAUCGAGGGCUCUGGAGAUCAGAUAGACACGGAUGAGCUGUCUGGAGGAGCCAAAAUCAAUCGCAUCUUCCACGAGCGCUUCCCCUUCGAGCUGGUGAAGAUGGAGUUUGAUGAGAAGGAGCUGCGGAAGGAGAUCAGCUACGCCAUCAAGAACAUCCACGGCAUCAGAACUGGGCUCUUCACGCCGGACAUGGCCUUUGAGACCAUUGUGAAAAGGCAGAUUGGGAAGAUUAAAGAGCCGUGCCAGAAAUGUGUGGACAUGGUCAUUUCUGAGCUAGUCAAUACUGUUAGACAGUGUACCAAGAAGCUGGCCCAGUAUCCCAUGCUGAGAGAAGAGAUGGAGCGGAUCGUCACGCAGCACAUCCGCGACCGCGAGAGCCGCACUAAACAACAGGUGCUGCUGCUGAUCGACAUCGAGCUGGCGUACAUGAACACCAACCACGAGGACUUCAUCGGGUUUGCCAAUGCGCAGCAGAGAAGCAGUCAGAUUAACAAGAAGAAAGCAGCUGGUAAUCAGGAUGAAAUCAUGGUGAUCAGGAAGGGCUGGCUGACCAUCAAUAACAUCGGCAUCAUGAAGGGCGGCGCUAAAGAGUACUGGUUUGUCCUGACGGCCGAAUCUCUGUCCUGGUACAAGGAUGACGAGGAGAAAGAGAAGAAGUACAUGCUGCAGGUGGACAACCUGAAGCUCAGAGACGUGGAGAAGGGCUUCAUGUCCAGCAAACACAUCUUUGCCCUGUUCAACACUGAGCAAAGGAACGUGUAUAAGGACUACCGUCAGCUGGAGCUGGCCUGUGAGACUCAGGAGGAUGUGGACGGGUGGAAAGCGUCGUUCAUGCGUGCCGGCGUCUAUCCUGAGCGCGUGGUGGAGAAGGAAAAGAGCGACGCUGGAGACGAGAACGGGUCGGACAACUUCAUGCACUCCAUGGACCCUCAGCUGGAGAGGCAGGUGGAGACCAUCCGAAACCUGGUGGACUCCUACAUGAGCAUCGUCAACAAGACCGUACGAGACCUGAUGCCCAAGACCAUCAUGCAUCUGAUGAUCAGUAAUACGAAGGAGUUCAUCAAUGCGGAGCUGCUGGCUCAGCUGUACUCGUGUGGAGAUCAGAACACACUGAUGGAGGAGUCGGCCGAACAAGCGCAGCGGCGAGACGAGAUGCUACGCAUGUACCACGCGCUCAGAGAAGCACUGAACAUCAUCGGGGACAUCAGCACCACCACCAUCACCACCUCUCUGCCUCCACCGGUGGACGACUCCUGGCUCCAGGUGCAGCGCACGGGCUCCGGAGGACGGUCUCCGGCGGCCAGCCCGACCCCUCAGAGACGGGCCCCUCCUCCGGGGCCUCCUGCACGCCCAGGUUCUCGUGGCUCGGCCCCUGGGCCCCCUGCAGCCGGAGGGCCACCAGUUCCCUCUCGCCCGGGAGCCUCUCCGGACCCCUUCGGCGGCCCCCCCCCUCAGGUCCCGUCCCGUCCUAACCGUGCUCCUCCCGGCGUGCCCAGCCGACGACCCCCAGCAUCACCUACUCGACCCAACCGACCCACAGACUCCUCCCUCUUAGACUAUUAGCCCCUCCCAAACCUUGUGACAGACAGCGAGGACAGACACGGACAGACACGCCCACUCCACCAGAACUCCUCCCCUUCCUGCUCCUCAACUCACACACAUCAUACAACUCUACAACCCUCUGUCACAGUUUAACCUUCCAUUUCACAUAGUUCUGUCAUCGUCAGACCAAAAUUUAGAAAAGGACACAUACUUGAGGAAUAUUGACUAUCUUGAGAGCUGGAAGCCCUUAUUUAGGAAACUUAGAUCUACAACACAACAUUUUUAUGAACUCAAACUCUUUGACAGCUGGUUGAUGAGUUUAACAUCACUGUUUAUCCUCCUUAACUUAAAGAAUGAGCUUGACUAGAAAAGUUAGAUGAAUGAGCACAGGGUUUGAUAAAUGCAUUUCUUAUUUACGUUCUGUUUCUCUAAGCUUCUUUUGGCUCUCAAAUGCUUGAUUUCCUGCUGUUUAAGGAUGCAUUAUCUCUCCAAAGUGUGAUCUGGAGUCUCGUGAUAACUGCAUCUUCUGGAAUGAGCUCAUGUGCAUCUGUAUUUCUGUUCAUUACUUUGGCUCUUCUUGUUUUUGUUUCGUAUGUGUGU